AUCGGUUGCUGCAAAUGACACUUCACGUUUUGGAGGUAAAAUAUUCGUACGGCAGGACCAAACAAAAGUACAGAAAAACAAUCUAUGGAUCGUAGGCCAGCUGAUUGUGCAACAGAACCAUUUUACAUUGCCACACAAUGAAUAUCAGUUGUUCAAUUUGUGCGGAACUUUUUCGUGGGCCUGAUGCACAUAAUUUACAUGUAACACGAUGCGGUCAUGUCUUUCACAACGAGUGCUUAGCAAAGUGGCUCGAAAGGAAGAAUACGUGCCCAGAAUGUCGCAGCAAGACGACAUCGGCGACAGUGAUUCGUUUGUUUGUAAAUAUCGUUGACAGUACAUAUGAUGAGAACGUCGACGGUCCACCAGAUUUAGUCGGUUUACAAAAUGAAAAUGACAACUUGAAAUUUCGACUGAUCGAAAAGGACGGUGCGAUAAAAUCGAAGGAAGACGCACUCAAUCGGCUGCAAGAAGAAAAUAGAAAACUCAACACGGGACAAAUGAAAACUCGAGAAUUGAUACUCACUUUAGAACAUAAAUUAGAACAAAGUAAAGUUAUCACUAACCAAUACAAUGAUCAGAUCAGAGCAUUAAAAUCUCGUGUGAAUGAAAUCGACCACCUGAGAGAGAAAUUGAAAGAGGCAAACGAGAAAAAUAAGACAGCGGAACUAGUGCAACAUCUAAUCACUGGCUCUCAACAAGAGACUGAAGAACUACUUAAAGAAAGUCGAACUAUGACUGAACUGGCCACAAUGGUGACCACAUUAAAACGAGAAUUACGUAAUUGUAACGCUAAACGUGCACAAGUCCGAUCCAACGCCGAAGAGUUGUCGAAACAGUUGAAAUUGUGCAAAGAUGAAAAAUCGAAACUAGAGGAAAAGUGCUCCAUUUUGGAGAGCAAACUAUUUCAAUUGGAAAGCAACAGAGAAAAUAAGAAUGAUUCAAGUGAUCGUCUGAACAUCAUCGACAAUGCUAUCGAGAAUAAAUCGCCAACCGAACAACAGUCAGCCAAAAGGAAAUUUGGUGAACACUUGUCAUUGCCGAGAAAGGUGGCAAAACUUGAAACGACACGUAAUGUAUCGCCAUCGAUGUGUGUCAAAGCCAGUAGCAUUGCAGGUUUGUCACCACUUCUCAAGCGAACCAAAUCGGCCGAUUUACAUAAAUUGUCACCCGUCAACGAUGAAAAGAGUGAAACUUACUCCAUUCUGAAAAAACCCCGACUGAUCCAGCAUCAUGCGAAAAAAUCCGAACUACGCCCAUUACGACUCAACAAAGUGCCGACUCUAUCAAGCGUUGACGAAGCCAGCACAUCAUCAAGCGAUCCAUCACAAGCAUCCAAAGAACUUCCUCCCAGCAGUUUAAGCAGUAGGUUUACGAAUUUAAAUAAUCGUUUUCGUUUGGGUUCCCUAUCCAAACCAAACUAACUAGAUGUAUCUAUUAUUGAACCAUUGAACAAUGCUUUUGUAUAUUUUAGUGAAUAAGCAAUUGUACUGGAAAUAAGUAAGUUGAGUGACGCGGUUUGUUUAAUGCAAGCAACAUUAGCAUAAUGCAGGCUGUUUGUUUUCUGGUUUUUUUUUUGUACUAAAUUUGAUAAGAAAAAUAUGUUCGUAAGGAAAUGGUGUCUAUUCUUCGAUUAGAUAUCCUAAUCGAAUUAAAUACGACGAUAUGAAUAAAAAAAACUUGAUUAAACGAA